AUGCUUGUUCAGGACAAUCAGCGCGUGCAAUAUAUGUACUUCCUGUUGUCGGGGAUUGUGGCCAGCAGUCUCUUGAUAUUGGCAUAUGUCGCACUCAGCACCAGGGCGAAUGAAAAUCUACAGAAUGACAUCAAAAGCAUGCAACUAUCCCUGGACCUGAUAAAACCCACUUCUUUGGUGUGGUCCUAUAACAAUACCUGGCGCAAUCUUGGCCACGGCUGGAUGAGACAUAAAAUAUAUUCGGCAUAUUUUGAUCGGCGUGUGGAAAUUUUGGAUUACCCCAUAGACGCCACCUUGGGAAUAGCAAUUGGUUCUGUACGCAUCUUUGCUAUACUGCCACUGUACUUUCGGGAUGAAAUCGCCUGCAUUUUUCGAGGAGAAGAUUUUUCCCUGACGAAGUCAAUGGCACAGACCACAAAGCCAUUGCAGGACCAUAAUGACUCAACAUUUGCUGCAUAUGCAAUUGUCUGUCCGCUGUAUAGACAAAUGAACGAAAGCCUAGUCAUUCGACUGCCGCAUGCUGUGGCAAUCAAAUACAAAUCGAACAGCUUAAAUAAGGACAGUCCAACUUUCGUUCCCAUAAGCUAUCCACGUGAUAUGAAUCAACUAUUUGCCAAAUCAAAACCAAUUCUAUCGAUUUGCGUGGCGCCAUUGCAAGCGAAUACAACCACAGCGUUGGGUCUAGUCGAAUUUAUCGAGAUGUAUCGGCUUCUGGGAGCCGGCCACUUCUACUUCUAUGCCGCCACCUAUACCAAAGAAGUGACCGAUAUACUAAGCUAUUAUCGGAAAUUGGGGUUUGUGGAUACUCUGCACUGGAAUUUAGGAGAUCACCAGCUGGACUUGUAUAUGGGGGGGAGUGUGGCCCAAAUCAACGAUUGCAUCUAUCGGGCAAUGUCUGUGGACAAUUUUCGUUAUACUGCCAUAGUGGGCUUGGACGAGUAUUUAAUGCCGCUAAAACACAAUUCCCUCCUAAGGUUUAUGUUGCAAUGUGACGAGGGACUAACGGCUUCAUAUGUUUUCCGCAACGUUUUCUUCUAUAAGAAAGAUCGAAGUGAUUCAUUUAGUAUCCCGGAGAGGGCUACUAAUCGUUUGCUCAUCACACAAACGAAGGUGAAACGCAGUUUGGAAAUUAUGCCCGCUUUUACGAAUAGCCGAUUCAUUGUCAACACUCACGCCUCUGUGGAAAUGGGUACAAAGCGCCUAUGGCGUGCUGCUCCCGGCUAUACGGAUCACGUAUUGUCGCCGACCGUGGGGCUUUUGUUCCAUUAUCGGAACCAUUGCAUAAAUUGUCGGUCAGUUAUGCUAAUAGAUUAUACAGCAAGGAGAUUUGGUUCGUUGCUUUGGGAUAGAGUGGAUAAUGCGUGUCUCCAGUUGUUCCUCAAGGACAAGGGAGUGUGCCCAACAAAGCCUACACCUAGUUGA